UUCAAGAACUCUGGUUCGAUCCUCGUUUGUGUUUGAAAAUAUACGUGUUCAUUUCCAUCUAUAAUGAGGAAACGCGACUUCGGGAUUUUUCGGAGGCUGCUCGUUUGCCUUCUGUCACAGAAUUCAAACGUCCCUUAUCCACUUCCGUGAACGAAUGGCUUCUUUCAGCUGAUGAGAGAGGCACCACAUCGGACUGUCCACUGGACCCGUUCAAUUCGUCACCCUGUGAUGAACGUCUAGAUCAUGGUGAGGAAAUAGAGUCCAGUUGUUGGUUUUCCAAUACGGAUUGUGCACACACCGUAACGGAUUGGGAUAAUCAACAGAGUUUGAAAUCCGUAUCUGGUGAUCCGAGUACCGGUUCAGAUGUCAGUGAACUUGCUCUGUGGUUGCAAUUGACGUACGCAUUAGAGAUGCAACAGUAUUCGGCCAAAAAGAUUGAUGCUGAGAGCCACUUGCAAAAUAUACGUCAGGCAUGCAAAAGACUACAUCGGAAAAGAUAUACUAUCCUAGGAUCGGUGCGCCUUAUACAUUCGGAUAGCUUGGAUGACUUGGAACGUCGCUUAGUCCAAGCGAAACUCGUUUUGGAACAGCUACAGCAUGAAAUGCGCGAAAGGCACAGACGAUGGGCCAGGAUAGAGGCUCUGCUUGGGCUGAAGUUACGCAACAAUCUGGGACCAGCACGUAUCCAGCACCUUUUGACUACAGGUGUGCGGUCUCCUCCGGCUGAUCAGCACUCACUAAUUCCUGGACCAGAGUGCGAAUUUAAGUCUUCGGAACCUCGGGAAACUGAAGAACCUGGUGAUACUGAAGGAGAACAAGGUCUAUGUAAGCAACAGUUGUUAUUCCUCCAUCUCAUCUUUUGCGUUGCAUGA